CCCCGCACAGUCCAGCGCUGCUAACCCCGCCCCUCUGCAGACAGAACGGGAGUUCCAUUCAAACGCAUCAAACUCCGCGGCCCGGGAUGCGACAGUCGCUGUAGGAGAAGAGAAGGCGGCAGCAUCGGAACCAGAACCAGAACCAGGAGAAACCAGAACCAGGUCCGGAGGCAGAACUGAGCCCCAGAAAACCCCCCCCGAGCAGCAGGCGGCUGAAGCAGCCAGAGACACCGCAGCCGGAACACACUGACUGAGCGCUCUGCUAGCAGGAGGCUAACGGCUGACACCGACAUGGCGAGCGCCUCGUACCACAUCUCCAACCUGCUGGAGAAAAUGACCUCCAGCGACAAGGACUUCAGGUUUAUGGCCACAAACGACCUGAUGACAGAGCUACAGAAAGAUUCAAUCAAACUGGACGACGACAGCGAGAGGAAGGUGGUGAGGAUGAUUCUCAAACUGCUUGAAGACAAGAAUGGAGAAGUUCAGAACCUGGCCGUCAAAUGCCUGGGGCCCCUGGUCAGUAAGGUGAAGGAGUACCAGGUGGAGACGAUCGUAGACACUCUGUGCACCAACAUGUUGUCAGACAAAGAACAGCUCCGAGACAUUUCCUCCAUCGGACUCAAAACUGUGAUUGGAGAGUUACCGCCCGCCUCCAGUGGCUCUGCUUUAGCUGCUAGCGUUUGUAAGAAGAUAACGGGUCGUCUGACGAGUGCCAUCGCCAAACAGGAGGACGUCUCUGUUCAGCUGGAGGCGCUCGACAUCAUGGCCGACAUGCUGUGCAGACAGGGAGGUCUGUUGGUCAACUUCCACCCCUCCAUCCUCAGCUGUCUGCUCCCUCAGCUCACCUCCCCCAGACUGGCUGUCAGAAAGAGGACGAUCAUGGCUCUGGGACAUCUCGUGAUGUCUUGCGGGAAUCUGGUCUUCAUCGACCUGAUCGAGCAUCUUCUGACUGAGCUGGGGAGAAACGACAACAUGUCGACCACCAGAACCUACAUCCAGUGCACGGCCGCCAUCAGCAGACAGGCGGGACACAGGAUCGGAGAGUAUCUGGAGAAGAUCAUUCCUCUGGUGGUGAAGUUUUGUAACGUUGAUGACGAUGAGCUCAGAGAAUACUGCAUCCAGGCCUUCGAGUCCUUCGUCAGGAGGUGCCCUAAAGAAGUUUACCCCCAUGUUCCCACGGUCAUCUCCAUCUGCCUGCGCUACCUGACCUACGACCCCAACUACAACUUUGACGAUGAAGACGAAGAUGACAACGCCAUGGACGCCGAGCAGAAUGAUGAAGAUUAUCAAGGCAGUGAUGACGAGUACAGUGACGACGACGACAUGAGCUGGAAGGUUCGGCGGGCGGCGGCAAAGUGUCUGGACGCUGUCGUCUCAACUCGCCACGAGAUGCUACCGGAGUUUUAUCGCUCUGUGUCCCCCGCACUCGUCUGUCGCUUCAAGGAGAGGGAGGAGAACGUGAAGGCCGACGUCUUCCACGCCUACCUGUCACUGCUCAAACAGACCAGACCGGCUCAGAGCUGGUUGGCUGAUCCAGACGCAAUGGAGCAGGGAGAGACGCCGCUAACGAUGCUGCAGAGCCAGGUUCCCAUGAUAGUGAAAGCUCUUCACAAGCAGCUGAAGGAGAAAAGUGUGAAAACUCGUCAGUGUUGUUUCAACAUGUUGACGGAGCUGGUGAACGUUCUCCCCGGAGCCCUGACGCAGCACAUCCCAGUACUAAUACCUGGAAUCAUCUUCUCCCUGAACGAUAAGUCAAGCAGCUCCAACCUGAAAAUCGACGCCUUGGCCUGCCUCCAUGUCAUCAUGGUCACGCAUCCCGCUCAUGCCUUCCACGCUCACGUCCCUGCCCUCGUCCCGCCCGUGGUGGCGUGCGUGGGCGACCCCUUUUACAAGAUCACCUCUGAGGCUCUGCUCGUCACUCAGCAGCUCGUCAAGGUGAUCCGACCUCUUGACAACCUAUCAGAGGGCUCGGAUAGCUUCGACCCCUCCCCCUACAUCAACGACCUCUUCACCUGUACGAUCAAACGCCUGAAAGCAGCCGACAUCGAUCAGGAGGUCAAAGAACGAGCCAUCUCCUGUAUGGGACAGAUCAUCUGUAACCUAGGUGACCGACUGCCCAACGAACUCCCAGGAACGUUGCUGAUCUUCUUAGAACGUCUCAAGAACGAGAUCACGAGACUGACGACAGUGAAAGCUCUGACGCUGAUCGCCGGCUCUCCCCUGAAAAUCGAUCUGAGACCGGUUCUCCCCGAUGCCGUUCCCAUCCUCGCCUCCUUCCUCCGCAAGAACCAGCGAGCGCUGAAGCUCUGCACGCUAGCUGCUCUGGACAUUUUGCUCAGAAAUUACAGCUCUGCGGUGACUCCGGUCAUGGUGGACGCCGUCCUCGCUGAGCUGCCUCCACUCAUCUCGGAGAGCGACAUGCACGUGUCUCAGAUGGCGCUGAGCUUCCUGUCCACACUGGCAGUGACUCACCCGUCCUCACUGGGUCAGCUUAGCGGAGGAAACAUCCUCCAGCAGCUCAUCGCGCUGGUUCGAUCCCCACUGCUGCAGGGCGGAGCGCUCGCUGCAAUGCUGGAGUUCUACCAGGCUCUGGUGACCACAGAGACUUCUGGUCUGGGUUACAUGGAUCUGCUGAGGAUGCUGACAGGUCCAGUUUACUCCCAGAGUGCCGCUCUGCCUCACAAACAGGCGUACUGCUCCAUCGCUAAAUGUGUUGCUGCUCUGACCAGAGCGUGUCCCACGGAGGGACCUGCCGUGGUCGGACAGUUCAUCCAGGAUGUGAAGAACAGCCGCUCCACGGACUCCAUCAGACUCCUCGCUCUGCUCUCAUUGGGUGAGGUCGGACAUCAUGUGGACCUCAGCAGCCAACCAGAGCUCAAGACCGUCAUCCUGGAAGCGUUUUCCUCCUCCAGUGAAGAGGUGAAGUCGGCAGCGUCCUACGCGCUGGGCAGUAUCGCGGUCGGGAACCUUCCAGAGUAUCUGCCGUUCGUCCUGCAGGAGAUCUCCUCGUCCAAGAGACAGUAUCUGCUGCUGCACUCGCUCAAAGAGAUCAUCAGUUCGGCGUCAGUGUCCGGUCUGAAGCCGUACGUGGAGUCUGUUUGGUCGCUGCU